AUGGCUCAUCCGUUAUCCGAUGCCGCCGUUCCCUUGGAUUUCGCGGACGCGGAUCCGUUUAGUUCCGAAGAUGCUGACUUCGCUCAAGCCUUAGAGGACGACCUUUGGAACGGAGACGAGGAAUCUAAUAGCGAGGAUGAAGAAAACGGAGACGACGGCUGUGGUAAGGAUCCGGGAUUCGAAGACGGAUCGGACGGUGAUGCGGAUGACGCGGACAGAUCUGACGGGGGCUCGCUGGAUCUACCGCCACGUCCGUACGUUCCUGUCCGCGGAGGUAAGCUGGUGGAGAUGGGGGAGGGGGGGAGGGGGGAAGGGGAGCUGUGCCGCCACGUCCAUACGUUCCUGUCCGCAGAGGACCUGUCGGUGUGUGCGUGUCGCUACCUCCGCACGGCAUCAUGCGAGGAGACUCUCUGGCACCGAGCCUACUGCAUCCGAUGGGGGCGCCUCCCCCAACUCCCCCUCCCCCUUCCCUCUCCGCCCCUCAUUCCCCUGUGCCCCACUACCCCCCCUCCCUCCCACCUCUCCAGGACCUGUCGGUGUGUGUCGCUACCUCCGCACGGCAUCAUGCGAGGAGACCCUCUGGCGCCUCUUGCCCCUUUUCAUGCCACUCCUGUCUCCUUACCUCCUCUCUUCCUGUGCCUCCCCCACUCUCCCCGCCCCCCCCAUCAUGACCUGUCGGUGUGUGCAUGUGUGUCGCUACCUCCGCACGGCAUCAUGCGAGGAGACUCUCUGGCGCUGCGCCUACUGCAUCCGAUGGGGGCCCUCCUCCCCCUCCUCCCCCCUCACCCCCCCCACUCCCUUCUCUCCCCGUGCCCCCCCUGUUCUCCCCAUCAGGACCUGUCAGUGUGUGCGUGUGUUUGUCGCUACCUCCGCACAGCAUCAUCUGAAGAAACGCUUUGGCGCCGAGCCUACUGCAUCCGAUGGGGCCCCCCUCCCCCUCCUCCGCCCUCCUCUACCCGUUCCGCCUUGGACGGACGAGGCGGGUCUGGGGGAAUGAGAGGAGGGGGAGAGGGAGGGGGAGGGGGUGGGGGAGGGGAAGGAGGUGGAGGAGGUGGGGGUGGAGAAGGAGGAGGGGGAGCAGGAGUUCAAGCGCGCAGCCUUUGGAAGCGGUUGUACUUUGAGAGGGACCGGGGCGAAAUGAAGGAGUUUGUAGCCGACUCUCCUCAGGACCUGCGGGGAUUUUAUGCCCAGCUGCAGGCAGCCAAGCGUAACCUGGUGCCCCGGCGCGACCAGGUGUACGAUGAGCUGGUCCACGUCACGUCUGACCUGGCGCGAGCUGUCGCCGAGUGGCGCCAGCAGAACAAGCUUCCGGAGAGGGUGGAGGAAGCGCAUUGGUGCACCGGAGGAAACUGCACGUUUCACCGCAUUGAGAACGUUUUCCUGUGCGAGAAGACCGGCAGGGCGCAUGGUGAGUGGGGAGUGGGGCGCCGGGCGAGUUUCGAGGAAACAUAA